GCUCAGACUGCCUUCAGAGACACAGCAUGUCCAGCACCAAGGAGACACUGGCCAGCCUGUGAACUGCUGACGGGAGGAACUGUUUGACGCCGCUUUGCUUGUCGCGCUUGGGACGGGGCCACACUUCCUUGACUUUAGGAUGAGAUUUUGUCAUCUGGUUACAGGACGGAAUCAGUGCUCCAACACAAACCGCACGGUCACAGCUUGAUGUUUUGCCGAUGAUUCUGGUGGAUUACUUUUUAUCAAACUGAAUUUAACGAUCAACCGCACAGCUUUAUUCACUUCGGUCCGGAAUGGAUUCAAAUUCAAGCGUUAAAUGUAAAAUAGUGGUUGUCGGAGACAGUCAGUGUGGGAAAACGGCUCUGUUGAACGUAUUUGCGAAAGACUGCUUCCCCGAGGGAUAUAUCCCCACCGUGUUUGAAAAUUACACGGCCAGUUUUGAAAUUGGCUUACAAAGAGUUGAGCUCCGUCUUUGGGACACUUCAGGUUCACCUUACUAUGACAACGUACGACCUCUUUCCUACCCUGAUGCUGAUGCGGUCCUCAUCUGCUUUGACAUCAGCAGACCAGAGACCUUAGACAGCGUGCUGAAGAAGUGGCGAGGGGAGAUCCAGGAAUUUUGUCCGAACACCAAGAUGCUGCUGGUGGGAUGCAAGUCAGACCUCCGAACAGACCUCUUCACUAAGUCCCAUAGCAGACAGACCCCAGUGUCAUAUGAUCAGGGCUCCAACAUGGCAAAGCAGCUGAGUGCUCCCUACAUCGAGUGCUCUUCCCUCCAGUCUGAGAACAGCGUCAGAGACAUUUUCCAUGUGGCCACGCUGGCCUGUGUCAACAAGAACAACAAGAACGUGAAACGCAGCAAGUCCUCCAGGGCCACCAAGAGGAUCUCUCAAAGCCGAGCGGACCUGCCUGCAGUCAUGACGGACUACCAGCAGACCAAAGCCAAGACCUGUGUUGUCAUGUGAACAGGAGAACUGAUGGAUACACUUAAGGGGGAACAAAUGAAGUAUUUUACAAGACUGAGGAGCACUGCUCUUUUCUGCCAUGCUCCAAACUGGAUAUGACUCAGUGACACUGAAGAUGGUAGAGAAACAACUUUGGCUUGUGGGUCACACCUGCACAAUGAAGUAGGAAUUCAUUCAGCAGAGCAACUGAGGCGCCGCUGCUGGCUUGUGAUAAUCUCCAAACUUGGAUUCAUCAAACAAUGAAUGGCUUCUGGAACCUGGGAAUUAAUUUGUCUCCCACCUGAUGAAAUUGAAGUAAGCGUACUAUGAAAUUGCUGUGCAUCCAUUCCUCUGUUCAUUACAGGGACAUACCUUCCAAAUGGAGGCUCAGAUUUGCAUCAAACUUGGUGAGAACGUUGGACAUUCUCAAGAAGUAGAGGACUUUCGACACCCUUUGGCCUAAAGGAGAUGUGAAAAUGGGCAUGCUAAUCUUUCACACCUCUCGACUAAAAGGGGGCACGGCAGUGGAAGCAGCAUAUCAAAGACCGACUCUAAAUGGAUUCACGUAUCAUCAGUGUGAAGACCUGAUUAACUGUUGAGGCUGUUUAGUCAAAAGGGGCCAUGGCAGUUGGUGUGGCAUGUCACAAAAAGUAAGCUAACUUCCUAACACAACAAAAGAGACAACACAGAAUUUUCACACAAGGUUUGUCCUGGGCUAAGGAACAACAUAUUAACUUCUGGCACUGAUUGGGUCAUGCCUAUUUCAUAUUUUUUUUCAAAGGGGGCCUUACGGGGUGUCCUCUGAUUUGAUGUGUAGCUGCCUACAAGUUGGUUGAGACACGGCCAUGCCCACUUCUGGUUGUACUCUUUAUUACAGAUUUUACAGGUUUAAUUCAUUUUCUUGUUUGUGUUCAUCUCAUAUCUUGUUAAGUGAAUAUAUAUAUAUAUAUAUAUAUAGAUAGAUAGAUAGAUAGAUACAGAUAUAUAUACACACACACACACACACACACACAAGAUGUUUACUUGUUUUCUUUAGCUCAAUAGCUUCAUUUAUUGGAAGCUUUAAAAGGUACCAUGUCUUUGUGAGGUUUAUUGCUUUGUGAUAUGUUUUGGAACCAUUAAUUUUGGGUGACAUAUUACAAGGGAUAUGAGUAGUAAGUGUAAAAAAUCAGCAAGGUUGUAGAAGGUUUUGAUGUUUAACUGAGCCUUGCAUGCCAUAUGUUGUUCAUUACUACAUUUCUGGACGUUUUUCCUGCCGCUGAAUCUGUCCUGAUGGAGUUUUUAAAAAAAAAAACAAACAAAAAAAAAAACAGCAACAACAACAAAAAAAAAAACUGUGAUGAAAUGGUUCAUUUUAGAACUGUCUGAUUUUGUUGUAAAUUUGUACUUUAUGAAAAUGCUGUUUCUGUAUGACUUUUGUGCUUAUAAAUUCAUAAACUUC